AAAGAAUGAAAACCACUUUCUCUCUCUUCUAGGGUUUAAUAUAAUAAACUGUUCCACAUAGAAUUGAAUCGAUCUCUUCACUAUAAAGAAAACUUCCUCAUCUCUCUCUCUUAUUCCUUCUCGAUUCAAAGCUCGUGGGUUCGAAUUCAACAUGGAAAGUGGAGGUAAUUUGGAUGCGGCAAUAGAGUCUCUGUUGAAUGUCGAGAAGCAGAUGAGACUUGCCGGUGAUGUCGCCGGCACGAAAAAAGCCGCAACUGACAUAUUGCAGCUUUGCCACGAUGCUCGUGCUUGGAAGACCCUCAAUGACCAGAUUAUGUUGUUGUCCAAGCGACGUGGUCAGCUGAAACAGGCUGUAACUGCAAUGGUCCAGCAAGCCAUGCAAUAUAUUGAUGAGACACCAGAUAUUGAUUCUAAAAUAGAGCUCAUUCAAACACUUAACAGUGUGUCCGCAGGGAAGAUAUAUGUCGAGAUAGAGAGGGCACGGUUGAUCAAGAGACUUGCAAAGAUCAAGGAAGAACAAGGGCAAAUAGCUGAAGCUGCUGAUUUAAUGCAAGAAAUUGCGGUGGAAACAUUUGGUGCUAUGGCAAAAACUGAAAAAAUAGCUUUUAUUCUUGAACAAGUUCGCUUGUGUUUAGACCGCCAGGAUUAUGUGCGUGCACAAAUCCUGUCAAGAAAGAUCAGUCCUAGAGUUUUUGAUACUGAUACUUCAAAAGAGAAGAAAAAACCCAAAGAAGGCGAAAACAUGGUGGAAGAGGCACCCUCUGAUAUACCAUCACUGUUGGAAUUGAAGCGCAUCUACUAUGAAUUAAUGAUACGGUACUACUCACAUAGCAACGAUUACCUUGAAAUAUGUCGCAGUUACAAGGCAAUAUAUGACAUCCCCUGUGUUAAAGAAAAUCCAGAACAGUGGAUACCGGUGUUGAGGAAAAUAUGCUGGUAUUUAGUUUUGGCACCUCAUGAUCCCAUGCAAUCAAGCUUGCUGAACUCUACAUUGGAGGAUAAGAAUCUUUCUGAAAUUUCUCAUUUUAGGUUGCUGUUGAAACAACUAAUUACGAUGGAGGUCAUUCAGUGGACGGCUCUCUGGAAUACAUUCAAGGAUGAGUUUGAGAAUGAAAAGAACAUGCUUGGUGGCCCUUUAGGUGACAAAGCGGCUGAAGAUCUUAGACUGAGAGUAAUAGAACAUAACAUUCUCGUUGUCUCGAAGUAUUACUCACGGAUUACUUUGAAGCGUAUUGCAGAUCUGCUGUGUCUCAGCAUUCAGGAAGCUGAAAGGCAUCUUUCAGAUAUGGUUGUAUCGAAAGCACUGGUGGCAAAGAUUGACAGGCCCAUGGGUGUAGUCUGUUUCCAGUCGGCCAAGGACAGUAACGAUACUUUAAAUUCGUGGGCUAUGAACUUGGAGAGGCUGCUUGACCUUGUGGAGAAGAGUUGCCACCAAAUCCACAAGGAAACUAUGGUUCACAAAGCUGCCAUUAAAGGUUGAAAAAAUGCUCAUCACCAGCUACGGUUGGCCUGUGUUUCUGUGUACUUUUCGAGGACUGAUUUCAGGAACCAAAAGGGGCUCUCGUCUUGUGGCAGUGGAAGCCUUUAUGUGCGUUACUUGUUUCAUCCGUCCAUUGCCUAUGUUUUAGAUUGCUUACAUACCGCUCGGUUCACAUAUAUUGUGACCCAUUAACUUGUUAUUUUCUUGAUUUGUUCAUCAUGCUCAAUAGAUUGAUAGCUGUGAAAUGAAAUGACCAGGUCUACUCUAUAUUUGUGUUCGUGUAUGGCCUUGUAGGGCACAACAAUUAUUUAGGAAUCAGGAUAUGGAUUAUGUCUCAAAUUUUCAACUCAUUUAUUUGGAAGGUUUGUGAUCUAAUAUGCAAAA